AGCCGCUGGACGAUCGAGGCGCGCCAGGCGCCCUCGAAAGAGCCCCGCUGACGGGCGAUGCCGAAGGUCCUCUCGGCAAGGCGGCAGGAGGCAUUUAACAAUCUGAAGCUCGACCAUGGCUUCUUUGAGAAGGCUCUUCAGCGCUUGGACGACACCGAAGACGACGACGAAGGCGAAGAGAUGGACUACGACUUGUACCUCAUGGAAAAGAGCGUGAUGCCCCUGCUGCUGCAGGGCCUGGAGGCGCUAGCCCGUCACAUGGACAAGGCGACGACAGCAGAUGGGCCUCCUCACUCGAAGGUCCCGUUCAAUCCGCUGACCUGGCUUGCGCAGUACAUGCUCAGGAACCACCCCAAGUUGGUGAAUGACCACCGCAGCCCUAUGUACCACCAGUUCACGGAGCUGGCCCUCGCCGAGCGCGGCAGGCGAACGCUCAUGAGGAGACGAGCGCAGAUGGAGGAAGUGUGGCUCAAGAUGGAAAAGGAGUUCAAGGCUGCGCGCAGGGACCAAGUGCGCAUGACGGCUGCGGACGUUCCAGAAUACAUACGUCAGCUAGAUGAAUGCUGGUGCCUCGAGGGCAUGUUUCACAAGAAGCUCCCGCAGCUCCCGACGGAUUACUCGUCGGUGCAGCACGAGGGGAUGGACUUCCUUCUGUUUGAGCACUUCUGGCAGUGGUUCGAGGCGUACAUCGCUAAGCAUGACGUGGUCCGCGCGCAAGCAUUCGCGGAAGCAGAGGAAAGGCGAAUUGAGGCUGAGAAGAAGGCCCAGCAGCUGAUGGAGGAGAAGGAGCGCCGCGAGACGAUUAUACUCGAGGUGCACGAACUGCGGCGCUCGCUGGAAGAGAGCUUCGAUGCCCUAAGCGCGGACAUGUACACGAACAAUGAGCUCGCCCUCAUAUUGAACAAGGGCUACACGCUAGAGCUGCCAGACCCGAGCGAGGUUAAGCCGAGGGACGGCACCGUGCCCAUCGUCGGAGAGCACGUCACGCUGUUGCUCUCGGGCCUGCUCGACCUCUGGGGCUGCCCGCUGCCCGACGGCUCGCUGGAGGACCGGGGCGGGCGGGGCCGCAGGCCUGGCUGGAUUGGCAGCAGCAGAGCGCGCCGGAGAGCCUGCAGAGGGGCAAGACGCUGGACGGUGCAGGCCUGCGCGCGAUGUUAAUCAGGGACGCGUACCAGGAUUAUCUGAUGACGUCCAACAAGGUCAAUAUCGAUCCAAGGGAUGCUAAAGAUAAUCGACCACCAAGUGGAGAUCAGCAAGGUUGUCGGCGAGACCGAAGAUACGCUGGAUUUCUUGGUUGAGGCGCUUGACGAGGAGACGGGCGAGAUCCUCCAGCUGUCGUUGCCGGAGGCCUAUAUCGAAGAGGUGCGCCUUCGCCUGGCCGAGCAGGGGGGAGAGCCCGUCCUGGCUCGCGUCGACCUGGUGAGUGGCCGCGUGAAGCAGCUGCUGCAGCCCAACCCGUUGGAAAUGGAGUGAUCGUGGCUCGCCGUACAUUGUUCGCGCAUUACCUGUGAACGUGCGAUGGGUUGUUCGGCGGCGCAGCGUUCGCUGGAUCAACGGUUACCGCCCUG